UGGUAUUUUGUUGAUGUUAGUGGAAAACGAUUCCGUCUGCCUCGGACUAUGUUAUUUAUAGGUAGAGAAGCAUGUGAUGUUCUAGUCAAGGUUGAUACAGUUGAUAAAAGACAUGCUGUAAUAACAUUUGAUCAUUAUUUAGAAAGAUUUAAAAUUAAGGAUUUAAGUACAACCAAUAAGACAUAUGUAAACCAGUGUAGAAUACCAGAACAAGAAUAUGUUACAUUAAAUCAUAUGGAUACAGUACGCCUUGGUUAUGAUAUCCUUUUUUCAAGACGCUUAUAG